GACAGUAGUUUAUUUCUCGAGUUAUUGGCCUAAUUUUGCGGCGACGUCAGAGGAAUUUGUAAAAGGCAGACAAGACAUCUGUAUUUACAAUUUGUCUGGAUGGAGUAAAUCAUUUAAUUGGUUCAAUGAAAUGGAGUAUAUUGGAUAAAAUACUUAAUAUUCUGGAUGUAUUUUUCAUAUUUUGCGAACCCGGAAAUGAUUUGCUAAUCGGACUAAAUUGUUCGGUAGAAUUUGACAUCUUCACCUGCCAAGAUGUCGGAUCCAGAUUUGAUAAGGAGAAAUUUUUUCUUUCAAAUGCAAAUUGGCCUAACAAGGGAACAAGUGAACGUUGAGGGAGAGUUAACACUUGCAAGUUUAAAGGAAAUAGCAUGCGCAUUUGUGGACAGAAAGUACCCAGAGCAUGGCUUCUACGGAAUCGCGGACAAGAUCAUGCUAUUCCGACAUGAAAGUUCCGCUCCCAACAUUCUCCAGAUCGUCAACAACGCUAGCGAUGUGAUCGAGGGAUGCCUUGUGGAAGUGGUCCUCUCUGCCCAGGCAACGAUGGAGGAACUGCAGAUACGGCCCCACCUAUUGUUUGUCCACUCAUACAAGUCACCACACUUCUGUGACUUCUGUGGGGAGAUGCUGUUUGGGCUCGUAAAACAGGGCAUCAAGUGUGAAGGUUGUGGCCUGAAUUUCCACAAGCGGUGUGCCUUCAAGAUCCCAAACAACUGUUCGUACGACCGUACGCGACGUACGUCCACCAGCAGUUUGAGCAGUAUAAGCAGUAUCUCGUACACGCUGAAGGAGAAAGGCGAGCCCUCCACACCCACAGAGAGCUGCCCGUUGCAAUCACCACCACCCCUCUCUCCGGGUCCCCGGAGCCCGCGACACCUUGGUCGUCCUAUCAGCCUCGGGCCGGCAGACUCCAACCCCCGCCGAGAUUCUCGCACCAAGUACAGCACACUGACAGUCCCUGGCCAGCCAAUCCUAGAGGCAAGGAGUAGCAGGUCAAAGUCCUGGAGCGGUCGACCACUAUGGCUGGAACGGGAGAUCGCAAGCCGCAUCAAGGUUCCACACACGUUCAUUGUGCACAACUACACGCGCCCCACUGUCUGUAUGUGGUGCCGUAAACUUCUCAAGGGGCUCUUCAGGCAGGGGGUCCAGUGUAAAGACUGCAAGUUCAACUGCCACAAGAAAUGCAUGCCUCACGUACCCAAGGACUGUGCCGGCGAAUUGUCUGUUGGUGAGAACAACUACGAGGGAGUGAGCGACCAGGUGGAAGUUGAGAGUAACAACGGCACGGAGGUGACAGACAUUACCGAGGAUGACACGCUCCUGGAUAACGACAUUGACAAUGAUGACCAGGAUAGAAAACCACCUCUCAGCCCAACCCAGAGCAGUAACAUCCCAUUGCAGAGGAUUGUACAGUCUGUGAAACACACAAAGAGGACCGGUUCAAAGGUGCUGAAGGAGGGGUGGAUGGUCCACUUCACAGACAAGGAUGGUCAGCGUCGGCGCCACUACUGGAAACUAGACAGCAAGUGUGUGACCAUGUUCCAAAACGAGAACUCCACCAGGUAUUAUAAGGAAAUACCACUUAACAGCAUUCUGGGUAUAGAGACCUUCAAAAUGGAUCCAAGUGCAGAAUUCCCACGGGCCCCGCACGUCUUUGAGAUCCGUGUUCCGAACGUGAUCUACUAUGUGGGGGAGGAUCCAUUCUACGGGUCAGAGGAGGGGUCGAUGGUGGUGUCGACGGAGAGCGGGAAGGGUCUAGAGCAGGCGCGUCAUUGGGAGCAUGCGAUCAGGCAGGCCCUUAUGCCCGUCACUCCAACCUCGAGCAUUAACCAGGGUACACAGCCGAGAUAUGGACAAGCGAACAUCCCAGGUGUUCCCGAGGAACCCCAUGAAAUCAGCCAGCUCUACCAGAUAUUCCCUGAUGAUGUGCUGGGUUCUGGGCAGUUUGGGAUUGUUUACGGAGGCAAGCACCGUAAGACAAAUGUGGAUGUUGCGAUCAAGGUGAUUGAUAAAAUGAGGUUCCCAACUAAGCAAGAGGCUCAGCUAAAGAACGAGGUCGCCAUUCUUCAGAAUCUGCAUCAUCCAGGGGUGGUUAACCUGGAGAAGAUGUUUGAGACACCAGAAAGGAUCUUUGUGGUGAUGGAGAAGCUAAAGGGUGAUAUGUUGGAAAUGAUCCUGUCCUCACCCCGGGGCCGCCUGUCAGAGAGGGUCACCAAGUACCUUGUAUCACAGAUCCUGGUAGCCUUGAAGCAUUUACACUCCAAGCACAUUGUCCACUGUGAUCUAAAACCAGAAAAUGUGCUACUCUCAUCAGAAACUGCAUUCCCUCAGGUGAAGCUGUGUGAUUUUGGCUUUGCCCGCAUCAUUGGUGAAAGGUCAUUCAGGAGAUCGGUAGUCGGCACACCGGCGUAUCUUGCGCCAGAGGUGUUGAAGAGUAAAGGUUAUAACCGGUCGCUGGACAUGUGGUCAGUCGGGGUAGUCGUAUAUGUCAGUUUAAGUGGUACUUUCCCAUUUAACGAGGAUGAGGAGAUAUGUGACCAGAUACAGAACGCCACCUUCAUGUACCCUCCAACACCAUGGAAGGAAAUAUCACAGGAAGCUAUUGACCUGAUCAGCAACCUACUGCAGGUGAAGAUGAGAAAACGAUUCACAGUGGACAAGUCACUGUCACAUGUCUGGCUACAGGACUACCAGACGUGGUGUGACCUCCGCAAGCUGGAGCAGUUGGUUGGACAGCGAUAUCUCACCCACGAAUCAGACGACGAGCGCUGGGAAACUUUCAGGCGGGAAAAAAAUCUCAAAGUCUGGCAGGAUGUCGGACAGAAAGGUGUGAACGAAAAGUACAAUCUUAGCAAGUCUCGUGAGCGUAACACCCCCAGUUCAGGAACCACUGUUUCAUGACCAUAACUAUAUUGUAAACUGUUGUUCUAUUGGUCAGAUUUUUAUUGUAAGCUUGCAACCCAUCAUGUGAUUGGUCAGCAUCUAUUGUUAGCUGCCAUGUGAUUGGAUGAGUAAGACUUGUAUUCUGGGUGUUUAUUGGUUACUGUGUUUUGUGAUCUCUUUCUAUACAGUGUUUGUUUUGAAAGUCAGGCCUCCCAAUGUGUUCUUCCAUCAUUCAUGUUGUUACUCUUCUUCUUUUAUACCUAACAUAUUCGUGAAAACAGCGGAACAGAUUUAUAUUAACCUUUCUUUUGGAAUUGAUACAUGUACAUAUAGUUAAUGUUUGGGGACAAAUAGAAAACAUAUACUUUAAAAUGAAAUGAAUAAAAUUUAUAUGUAGUUAUUUUAAGUGGUGCAUUUGGCAAACUAGAGUGUGUAAAUGAUGUAUGUGUAUUUAUUAUAAUUGUGCUGCAGGUACUUGUUUCUAGUUUAUUACUGUUUUAUAAAGUAUCUCUUGUUAUGUAUGCAUGUUAUGUAUUUGUUAACUCUGCAAUCUCUCUUGUACUGUGUAAUGUUUAUACUGUUGGGUCCACCGUUAAUCUCACAGGCGUUAUAUGCUCAUUCGUAAUGAAAAUACACCAAAAUUUAUUGAGUUGCAUAGUAUUAUUGUACAUCAUAGCUAUGUUGUCUUAGAUUUUCCUAAGAAAUAACAUAGUCAUUGUUUUAAGACAUCUAUACAGUUAUUAAAUUAUAAUGUACCAGUUUGCAUUUAACAUUACAUUGCUGAAGCUAUCAUAUAUAACAGACAUAACUUAAGAAUAUUGAACAAUGAAAAUUUGUUCAAUGAAAAUGAUAUGUUUUUGUUAAUUCUGGGCGAAUUCUAUAUUCAUUCAAAUAACUUAUUACUACAAUGUAGUAAAGGAUCAUGGCUUUUGUUACCUUGCUUCAUUUUCAAUGUGAAAACAGGGACCAUUGCAUCAAGAAGAAUUUGUUAUUUUUGCCGAGUCUAAUUUUACAAUGUCCUUUCCUUGAUAUGUUUUCAGUUAUGCUAAUAUUCUUUUUCUGAAAGGUAAAUACUGCAACUACGAUGUUCUUAACCGGUGAAUGUUUGUAAAUACUUAAUGACAGAGUCCCAUAUUUGUAAAACUAAGAUGUAAUGUGAACUGCAAUGACGCCUCUCUGUCUCAUUGUAUGUGAGGGUAGUAAAUGACAGAUUCUGAGAUAUAAGUGUGUAUCAUCUAUAGCGAGAUGUAAAUAGUGUUUUUAUUUGAAGCAAAAGGCAGCAAUUAGUGAUUUAGCAAGGUGAUGGUCUUAUGCAAUCUGGGGAUGAAUCAUACAUGGGAUGAUACAUGCAUGAUACAUGUACAAUGUUGCUGCUAAAGGUGUUUAUUGUUGAUUUGUUAAGUUUUACAGAUUAUUCUCAUAGAAAUUCAGUGCUGUAGUGGUCAGAAUAGGAUUUAGUAGCUAUAACAUAUUAAAUGUGUAAGUUCAUUUCAGCCAUUCCAACACGUAUAAUCAAAGAUGACCUAUAAAAGUAUACCUGAAGCAUUUCUAUGGAUAUUUAUGUGGAUAUCACAUGUGUUUCUUUCUCAGAUGGAGAAGUAAUUCUAAAAUUGUUAUGAUAUCAACAGUAUGAAAAUCUUCUAAUUUUUGAUGCAGCUCAGCUGCUGAAGUUAAGCUGCCCUGUUUAUUAAUAUUAUGUUAUACUAUUUUCAUACAAAUAUAUUGUACAGUUAGUGAAAAUUCACUCUAUAAAUGUCUGUUCCAAGUCAAUGAUAGGUUAUCACAUUCAGAAGGUAAUAAUCCUAUUUUGAGUUUAUCAUCAAGCUUGUUAUUUGUGGCACAGUCUCAACAGCGAGACAUACAUGUACAUCCUCAUAUAUUUGUGAUGAUCAUACUGUUCUUAUAGCUAUUCUGGUUUUUGAAGGAAUGAAGUUGGCCUAUUGUGAUGUUUUUUUGGUCGUCAGGGUUAGAAUGACUUGGAAACAGUUAAAGAACUUGUUUUACUUGUUUACUGCGACAAUAUGUACAAGUGAAGCAGGUCCCAUAACUUGUGCCACAAUAUUAUGCCGCUUGAUUAACUAGGAAAAACAGACAGGCACAUGAAUUGGCUUAGUAUAAGUUUAUACUUCAUUAAUUUUCCAACAAUUGAGAAUAAACUUAUAUUAACUUAUGCUAAGUCGCUCUUGUGGCAUGAUGUUGAGUGAGAGUAUGGUCUUGUGUUGUGGGGGAAACCAGAGAAUCCUGAAAAAGCUACUUGUCUGGCUUGGUGAGCACCAACCAAACUCGCGUGCACCCAGGUUUAGAAUUGAACCCAGGAUGCCUUAUUGAGGAGCGAGUGUGCUAACCUGACAGCCUAUAAAUCUGCUAGAGGUGCUCCACUCGCAGCCGUUCUACCUGAUGUAAGACCAUGUUCUUGUAGACAUGUAAAAACUCUGGGUUUUAUAUAUAUGUAUUCAAUAUUUUUUAUAUAUUUCAUAUAAAUAAAGGAUUUUGAUGAAACACUGAAAGUUUUUUCAACUAAAAAUUGCUUUAUCCAUAAUCAAAAACAUUUGUUUUGAUAAUUUGUUAUUUACAUACUGUUGAUUUAUCUCAGUUUUAAAUUAUCUAAUUUUUACCUAGUCAUUAAUUUUUAACAAAGUAUAUAUAUAGAGGUAUAUAGAUAUAUAUAAUUAACAUGUUUAUAUUUUCCGCAUGCCUUUCAAUAUUGUUACAUCUCUUCCUUUAACUUCAUCUUCUAUUGCACAUGUUUUGUGUCCUUUCUUGGAAGACCUUUUCAAACAUUUGGUCAUUGUUUACAUAUGGUUUUACACACAAUAAUUAUAUUUAUUAUUCAGGGCCAGUGUUCAUAAAACGUCAAUUCCUAUCUUAAUUCAUUUUCCUAAUUUAAGUAUCUCAUUGGUCAUAUGAUAUAAUUACCCUGGCAACAUCUGAAAUUCUUAAUGUUCAUGGACUUUAUAGAACAUAUACACUUCAAUGAUACUCUCAUUUUAAUUUUGACUAUAUUUUUCCAAUAAUUAUAGUUCAGAAAUGAAUUCAGAUAUUUCAUGAAUACUGGCCCAGAACUAUUUUUUAUAAGCCCUGUUGCUUUAAUCUUAAGAUAGAGAGACAUUCACCGUGCCUUUAUGACCAGGUCAUUCUCCUACACCAGAGUGAUAAUGCUAUGCGUACCACGUUAGAUUUAUCAUUAUCAAACCUCUGAUGAAUGAGAAUGGGGCCAGGUUGGCUCAAUAUUGAUUUGCGUACAAUCAGUAUUUAUUGACACUCGGCUGUUUAAAUUAUAGGUGAGAUAUUAAAUUUGAUGACUGUUACUGAAAGAGUGUGUAAUAUUGACAGUGUUUGGACACUCAGAAAUAAAUCAGCUUGUUAUUUAUACUUUUUAAGAUUAACAUUUUCUUGAUACCAGCCUCCAUGUUGCCUACAUAAUGGUUUAGUCCAGAGUCGCUCUUGUAAAGGAAACUUGACUUGUCUUAAGGAAUUCAACCACACGUUAUAAGUCUUAAAUAAAGUUAUGUUUGCAUUUACUAAUUAGGAACUAAUCUUUUUCGCACCCUGUUUUCUUUAACAGUGAUAAUGUUUGGUUUUAGAUAAUGAUUUAGAUAUAUUUUCAUAUUGCUGUUUAAACAUGAGAUGUUCUUUCGCAUGUAAUGGUGACAGUUUUGUAUAUAAGCAACCUGUAUGCCAUGGUUUUCCUAUUAUAUUACCAGAGCAAUUAAAUUUGUAGAGAAUACUCAAAAUAAACGAUUGAAAUUCA